GAUGGCGGCGCACUAGCCGGAGGCGGCACAUGUUCCUGCGGAGUGGCCCCGCGGUGACGGGAUGAGAAUGAUGUCGACUGCUCUGGUGAGGGCCUGAACUUGGUGCCCCUCCUCUCACCAUGAGGGUCACACCGGAGAUCAAGAGCCGCGGGAUGAAGUUUGCUGAGGAACAGCUGCUGAAGCACGGAUGGACCCAAGGCAAAGGUCUGGGCCGGAAGGAGAAUGGCAUCACCCAGGCCCUCAGGGUGACGCUGAAGCAGGACACUCAUGGGGUGGGACACGACCCUGCCAAGGAGUUCACAGACCACUGGUGGGCCGAGCUCUUCAACAAGACUGCAUCCAGCUUGGUGGUGGAAACUGGGCAGGAUGGAGUCCGGAUAAGGCGUCUUUCUAAGGAGACGCUCCGACAUGAUGGUCCCAAGCCCAGCUUGCUGUAUCAGAAGUUUGUGAAGACGGCCACGCUGACGUCAAGCGGGGAGCAGCCAAACGAGGACUUGGAGAGGCGCAGUGGAGGCGACAGCCAGGGGCCCAAGCCUCCAGAGAUCCUGACCGAUGAGAUGCUGCUCCAGGCCUGCGAGGGGCGGACGGCACACAAGGCUGCUCGGCUUGGGAUCACCAUGAAGGCCAAGCUUGCUCGGCUGGAGGCCCAGGAGCAGGCCUUCUUGGCUCAGCUCAAAGGCGGGGACCCCGGGGCCCCUCAACUACAGCCCGAGAGCAAGCCCCACAAGAAGAAGAAAAAGAAAAGGAAGCAGGAAGAGCAGGAAGAAGCGGCAGCAGCUGACGGGAAAGCCGGAGAGAGGUGCCCAGAGGACCCAGGCCGGCGCCUCGGGAGAGGCAGGAAGAAGAAAAGGCAGCAGGAAGCGGCUGCAGAGGAGAGGGAAGGCACAGCUGUCGGGAGCGGGGACGGAGAGGCCGCGGGGGCAAGGGGGCCUGGAGAGCGGGGGCGCGGGGAGCACACUGAUGGGCCCCCCAGAAAAAGGGAGAAGCGGCGGCACCGUGCAGAGAAGGAGGGGGUCUCUGGCGGGGCGGGAGGCGGCUGGGAGGCUGCGGAGCCGCACAGUAGACGCAGGCGGAGGCGGCGGCUGCAGGAGGAAGACCUGAGCGCGGAGGCUGCAGCGGCGGGGGGCGCCCGGGAAGCAGCAGGCAGGGCGCACGGGGACAGGAGAAGCCAGGAGAAAAGGCAGCGGCACCAGGAGGAAGAGGAGGAGGGGGGCUCGGGCAGCAGGGGUAAGAAGACGAAGCAGGGAAGAGCCGGAGUCAGCCCCGACGAGAGAACAAGAAAGAAGAAACAGAAGGACUGAAGGCCGGUCCAGGGGGCUCUGCGGAUUCCUUGUCCGCAUCUGGAGCCUCAGACCCAGGUGGGCACAGGCCUCCUGCGGCCUCUCUGGGACGAGUCCUCCCAAGGAGGAAGCUGGAGUGGAGCGCCUCCACAGCCUCUAACCUGGAGCUGGUGACCUCGGGCACCGCGGGGUGCAGUGCUGGGGACAGGAAGGCGGAAGCCCGCUGGGGGGUCACCCUGGCCAGAGGCAGCUGCCAGCGCAGGGGCGGCCGGAAGGGGAGCCAGCCCACAGCUCACCCGCCUGGGCCCUGGGAGACACGGUUAGACCUGAGCUUGGGCUCUGGGCCCCGGUGGAGGCGCCACCUGGCCUCCCUGUGCCCGGCCUGAGCAUCCUGAAUACAAAUUAGUCUCCUCGGGGGC